UGUUACAAUUUCAUAGUUCUGGAAAAGCGGCCCUUCUAGCCGUGUAAUCCGUGCUGUUCGUGAAAAGUGGCAAAUUUUCCCGAAAAAAUCGUCUCGUUCGCAGCCAAAACUAGGACCGAAAUAAAGCGGAAGCUUUGCGGAAUCCAGUACACCCUGAUUCUGCCCGCUAACGAUGGCGUCCGAGGAGGAAAUUGACGAAUCCAUUGCCGAGGAAGAGACGGCCCUGGAUGAAACGGGCGCCGAUACGCCACUAGAAGCCGGAGCGGAAGACAACUCGGAGGACGAAGCACUGCGCAGCUUGGCCGCAGCCCAGGACGAAGAUGACGACUACGAACCGGAGGAUAACCGUAGCAAGAAGAGCAAGAAGGGCAAGAAACGCAAGGCUCGCGGCGAGGAGAAGAGCAAGGCCCGCAAGAAGAAGAAGCGAAAGAAGAAUGACAGCGGGGAUGAGAGUGAUUUCCGGCAGAGCGACGAUGGGCUCGCUGCUGGAGGGGCUGAUUCGGAUGAGAAGCCGAAGCGGAGCAGCCGUGAUAAGCGGAAGGUCAAGGAGGAGAAGAAGGAGGAAAAGAAGAGUGCGGGCGAUUACAACAUGCCGUCGAUCGAAGAGGUUUGCGCCACGUUUGAUCUAACGGAUGUGAAGAUUGAGUACACCGAUGAAGAUUACGAGAAUUUGGUGACAUACAAGAAUUUCCAUUUCCACGUGCGACCAAUUCUGGCGAAGGAGAAUCCGAAGGUGCCGAUGUCAAAGCUAAUGAUGUUGGUUGCUGCCAAGUGGCGUGAAUUCAGCGAGGAAAAUCCACAUCUGCAAGCAGAGGAAGCUGAUGACAAGCAAGAGGAUGAACCACCGCCAUCCCCAGAAUACGUCCCGAAGUCCAGUCGAUCCCGGACGAAGACUGAGAAGCGCGAUGAAGACAUGGUUUAUGAUGAUGACGAUGACGACGAAGAGGAAGAGUACGAACGUGAGCGCAGCAAGAAAAAAGGUCGCAAGAGCACAGGCUCUAGUGCAAAGAAGGGCAAAAAGCCCAAGGUUCCAACACUUAAGAUUAAGUUCGGGAAGAGAAGAAAUGCCAGCUCGGAAGAAGAUCCAGACGCGAGCGGAGGUUCAGAACGCGAUUCUGAUGCUGAGUUUGAGAAAAUGUUGCAGCAGUCCGAAGAAAAAGCUGACAAAGAGAAGGAAGAAGCAGAGGCUAAGGCUGCCGAGCAAGGCGCCGAUGGAGGCGAUCCACCGAUUCGGAAAAAGGCCAAAACCAAAAUUGGAAACAAAUCAAAGAAAAAGGGCCGUUCGAAGAAGAGUCGUUUCCCGGAUGGUGAAGACGGAGAGCAAGAGCAUCAGGACUUUUGUGAGGUCUGUCAGCAGGGUGGUGAAAUCAUACUGUGCGACACGUGUCCAAAAGCAUACCAUUUGGUGUGUUUAGAUCCUGAAUUGGAGGACACUCCGGAAGGAAAAUGGUCAUGUCCGACUUGUGAGGCAGAGGGUCCGGUCGACGAUGAUGACGAUGAACAUCAGGAGUUCUGUCGGAUUUGUAAAGACGGAGGAGAGUUACUUUGCUGCGACAGUUGUCCGUCAGCUUAUCAUACAUUCUGUUUGUCUCCUCCGCUGGACGAAAUACCGGAUGGGUCCUGGCGUUGUCCACGGUGUGGUUGCCCUCCACUACCCUACAAGGUACAGAAAAUUUUAACUUGGCGUUGGACGGACAAACCGCUGGACCCGAACGAACCCUCCACAUCGAAGGCACAGGCAACCCGCAGAAGGGAAUAUUUUGUUAAAUUUCAUGACAUGUCCUAUUGGCAUUGUGAUUGGAUCACCGAGCUGCAGUUGGAUGUUUUCCAUCCGCUGAUGUUCCGCUACUAUUACCGCAAAUAUGAUAUGGAGGAACCUCCCAAAUUGGAGGAAGCUUUGGACGAAGCGGACAGUCGCUAUAAACGAAUCUUAAAAAUGCGUGAGGGAGAAAUCGAUGAUUCGGAGUUGGAGGAGAAGUACUACAAGUAUGGUGUAAAACCGGAAUGGUUGAUGGUUCAUCGUGUGAUUAAUCACCGUACGAUGAGAGAUGGUCGGACUUUGUACUUAGUCAAGUGGCGCGAGUUACCGUACGAUUUGACAACCUGGGAGGAAGAGGAUGAUGAAAUUGUUGGACUGAAAAACGCCAUUGAAUAUUACCUGGAUCUAAGAGCUAAUUGUACGAAUGAAAUCAAUAACAGCUCUAGUAGUAAAAAGAGCAAGAAAAAGGGUCGUAAGUCGAGAGCUAAAGAGCUGGAGGAUGAAGAGCGUUUAGGUUUGCGACGUUACACACCACCUCCAGAUAAGCCCACUACUGAUCUUAAACGUAAGUACGAGGUUCAGCCACCUUAUCUAGACGAAACUGGAAUGCGGCUGCAUAACUACCAGCUGGAGGGUAUUAACUGGUUACGCUACUCCUGGGCUCAUGGUACCGACACCAUUCUGGCCGAUGAAAUGGGUCUUGGUAAAACGAUUCAAACAGCCGCCUUCUUGUAUUCACUUUAUAAAGAAGGUCAUUGCAAGGGACCGUUCUUGGUUGCCGUUCCACUGUCCACCAUCAUCAAUUGGGAGCGCGAGUUUGAAACCUGGGCACCGGAUUUCUACUGCAUUACCUACGUGGGUGAUAAGGAUAAUCGAGCGAUUAUUCGAGAGCAUGAACUAUCGUUUGAGGAGGGUGCCGUCCGAGGCGGUCGAGCCUCUAGAAUCCGAGCCAAUACGAUCAAAUUCAAUGUGCUGCUGACAAGUUAUGAAAUGAUCUCGCUAGACGCCGCUUGUUUGGGAUCGAUCGAUUGGGCCGUUUUGGUCGUCGAUGAAGCUCAUCGUCUCAAAUCGAAUCAGAGUAAAUUCUUCAAGGUACUGGGCAACUACAGUAUCGCCUAUAAGUUGCUGCUUACCGGUACACCGCUGCAGAACAAUUUGGAGGAGCUGUUCCAUUUGCUCAAUUUCCUGAACAGCGAAAAGUUCAACGAUUUGGCUACAUUCCAGAAUGAGUUUGCCGAUAUCAAUAAGGAGGAUCAGGUCAAAAAACUGCACGAAAUGCUUGGUCCGCACAUGCUGCGUCGCUUGAAGGCGGAUGUGUUGAAAAACAUGCCCACCAAGUCGGAGUUUAUUGUGCGAGUCGAGUUGUCACAACUGCAGAAGAAGUACUACAAAUAUAUUCUGACGCGUAACUAUGAAGCUCUGAAUCCGAAGGGUGGUGGUGGCGCCUGUUCGCUGAUCAAUAUCAUGAUGGAUUUAAAGAAAUGUUGCAACCAUCCGUAUCUGUUUCAGGCGGCCGUUGAGGAAGCGCCUCUCGGUCCGGGUGGAAACUAUGAAAUCACUUCAUUAACGAAGGCCGCUGGCAAGUUGGUUUUGUUGGAGAAGAUGUUGAAACAGCUGAAAGAACAAGGUCAUCGAGUGCUGAUUUUCUCACAGAUGACCAAAAUGUUAGACAUUUUGGAGGAUUUUUUAGAAGGACUAGGUUACAAGUACGAACGUAUUGAUGGCGGUAUUACGGGAACGAUUCGUCAGGAAGCUAUCGAUCGAUUUAAUGCUCCAGGAGCGCAGCAGUUCUGCUUCCUGCUUUCGACCCGUGCUGGUGGAUUGGGUAUUAAUUUGGCUACCGCUGAUACGGUCAUUAUUUACGAUUCGGAUUGGAAUCCUCACAACGAUAUUCAAGCGUUCUCACGUGCCCAUCGUAUCGGCCAGGCUAACAAAGUUAUGAUCUACCGUUUCGUCACAAGAAACUCGGUGGAGGAGCGUGUCACCCAGGUAGCCAAGCGAAAGAUGAUGCUGACACAUUUGGUUGUGCGGCCUGGUAUGGGCGGAAAGGGUACGAAUUUCACCAAGCAAGAGUUGGAUGAUAUCUUGCGAUUUGGUACUGAGGAACUGUUCAAGGAAGACGCCAAAGACGAAGAGGCGAUUCACUAUGACGAAAAGGCGGUAGCGGAGCUACUGGACCGUAGUAACAAGGGUGUGGAAGAAAAAGAGAACUGGGCCAACGAAUAUUUGUCGUCCUUCAAGGUGGCAUCUUAUUCUACGAAGGAAGACGUGGAGGAGGACGUCGAUACCGAAAUCAUUAAACAGGAUGCGGAAAAUUCGGAUCCAGCAUACUGGGUUAAACUGCUGCGACAUCAUUACGAGCAGCACCAGGAAGAUCUGUCUAGGACGCUUGGUAAAGGAAAGCGUGUCCGUAAGCAAGUUAACUACACCGACGGAGGGGUUGUUCAGGCAGAUCCAAUCAAGGAAGACUCAACCUGGCAGGAGAACGUGUCCGAUUACAAUUCGGAUUACUCUGGCAAUUCUGAUGAUCAAGGUGAUGAGGAUGACGAGGACGGUGAUCUGAACAGACGCAGCAAACGUAGAAUCGAACGAAAGGAAGCGGAGCGGGAUAACCGGCCACUCCCGCCACUUUUGGCUCGAGUGGGUGGAAACAUUGAGGUGUUGGGUUUCAAUGCUCGUCAGCGAAAGAGUUUCCUCAACGCAAUUAUGCGCUAUGGAAUGCCACCCCAAGACGCGUUCAAUUCGCAAUGGCUGGUUCGGGAUCUACGUGGAAAGUCGGAACGAAACUUCAAGGCUUACGUUUCAUUGUUCAUGAGGCAUCUCUGUGAACCUGGAGCCGAUAACGCAGAAACUUUCGCUGACGGAGUCCCUCGUGAGGGUCUCAGUCGGCAGCACGUGUUGACCAGAAUCGGUGUUAUGUCGCUGAUUCGUAAGAAGGUACAGGAGUUCGAACACAUCAACGGUUACUACAGUAUGCCGGAACUGAUUAAACGGCCCUGCGAACCGGUAAAACAUCCAAUGGGUGAGGGAAGCAGCGAAACGCCGAAGUCGGCUACUACGAGCACGAGUGCGACGCCAGCCACCAGCGCUGCUCCCAGUCCUGCACCAACCGGUGUGGACAAAGAUGUGGAUGACACGAGCACUUCUGCGGAAGACAAAGACAAAAAGGAAGUGACAGAUGAGAAAAAGGACUCGUCGGAAGAGAAAAAGGAACCGGAAUCGGAAGCAGCCACAGCCUCCGCUGAAGCUGACAAGCAAAGUGAGGAAAAGAAGAAUGCUAAAGAAGAGAAGACUGAAGAUAAGCCUGCAGAAACUGGUUCGGAUGUUAAAUCAGAAGAACCCAAGAAGGAAGGAGAAUCCGCCAGCGAAGACAACAAAUCGGAAGUAAUUGAAAUUAAACCAGAAUCAGAGUCCAAAUCAAAAAAGGAAACCGCUGACAAGGAAGUCAAACCAAAAGCGGAAGAGGUUAAGAAUGAAACACCUACCGCUGUGGCCACGACCGAACCCAAGAAAGAGGAAUCCACCGCAGACGACUCGAACGCUAAGAGCAAUGAGGAUUUGGAUAAAGAUAAACCGAUUGCCAUCGAUGAUGAUGAUGACGAUGAUGUGGUUAUUGUAAAAGAUGACGACGAAGAAGUGAAGAAACCGCCGACUAAAACGGAGCAACUGGAAGUGCACAAGCGAGCUUUCAUGUUUAACAUUGCCGAUGGUGGUUUCACCGAGUUGCAUACUCUUUGGAUCAACGAAGAGAAAGCUGCUGUUCCCGGUCGGGAGUACGAGAUUUGGCAUCGUCGGCACGACUACUGGCUGCUGGCUGGAAUUGUCACCCAUGGGUACGGGCGCUGGCAGGACAUCCAGAAUGACAUUCGCUUCGCAAUCAUUAACGAACCAUUCAAGAUGGAUGUUGGUAAGGGUAACUUUUUGGAAAUCAAAAACAAAUUCCUCGCUCGACGCUUCAAACUGCUGGAACAGUCGCUGGUCAUAGAGGAACAACUGCGUCGAGCAGCCGUGCUCAAUCUUGCCCAAGACCCCAGCCAUCCGGCAAUGGCUUUGAAUGCCCGUUUCGCUGAAGUCGAGUGUCUGGCCGAAUCGCACCAGCAUCUGAGCAAGGAAUCUCUUGCCGGAAAUAAACCGGCCAACGCCGUCCUGCACAAGGUGUUAAAUCAGCUGGAGGAACUAUUGUCGGACAUGAAGAGCGAUGUUUCGCGUCUUCCGGCAACUCUGGCCCGUAUUCCACCUGUUGCCCAGCGCCUGCAGAUGUCUGAGAGGUCCAUACUUUCGCGGCUAGCUGCGACUGGAAAUUCAGUUCAACCGAACCCCCCGCUGGCUCAAUUUCCGGCUGGUUUCCAGGGAACAAACCUACCGGGCUUCGCAGCAGCAGCUGCUGCAGCUGCAAACUUUGCCAACUUCCGACCCACAUUUUCAGUACCCGGACAGCCGACACCGAGCUAUCCUAGUGGAUCCGGAACGUCAAAGUAAAUAAGAGCAAAGGUAAUUUUACCGCCCCCAACACAUGUAGAGAAAACUCAAACAAACACAUGCGUAAUCGUUUAGAAACGCCACCAUUUUCUACCAUUAUUCCCAAUUACUAGAUUACGAACUACAAUCUCGUCGCACCUGUGUUUCUGGUUUAAGAAUCGGUUUUCUGUAUUCAAUCUACUGUUUUAUGUAUUUCGUUUGAUAGUUCUUUUUUAAAGGAAGCGAUUUCCUAACGGUAAACGACGAACAAGCUACGUUCCCCCGCGCUGUCUCCUCCAAAACAUGAAAUCAAAUUCCUUACUUUGUAGAUUUGUUUUAUUUAUACACAUCAACCGGCAUUUUAGUAUUGGCAAAACACAAUUGGACUCUAUUCUACGUUUUACAAUAAGAUAAUGAAUUGUGAGUGAUAUAACGCAAGCAUACGUCUAGACUUAAAAGUGAACACACUUCAAACAGUUUCAAAUAGUUCGAAAAUAAACAUGUAAGGCAAAGUGUA